GAGCUGUCAUCUUAGAAGCGACUUUUCCCUCUCUGAAUCGAAAGGACUUAACAAACAAAACUGCGAGAAUGAAAGUUGUGGGACCUACAUGCGCUCUGAAGAGCAAGGUCGGCGGAGACGAAGUGGUGCGCUGCUUGUCGGAUCAGAGCCUGAGCAUCACCAAGUGCAAGCUGCCGCUGCUGGAUGAGCACAUGAGCGUCUUCCUGCAGGACAUGAACAGCUGCUACAGCAAGCUCAAGGAGCUGGUGCCUACGCUGCCUGCCAACAAGAAGGCCAGCAAGGUGGAGAUCCUGCAGCACGUCAUUGACUACAUCUGGGAUCUCCAAGUGGAGCUGAACGAGCCUGGGAAGAAGAGCUCGACCACUCCGCGCAGUCCCCUCACUACUCUGAACGCAGAGCUCGCCAGCAUCUCUGUCGAGAAUGGCUGCUCUGAUGACAGAAUUGCGUGCCGUUAAGACAGAAGACGUAUCUCUACAGUACUAUCCAGAUCUACAAUUAAUCUCUGGUGCAAGUUUAAAGCAUCCCUGACUGAGCAAAGAACAAGAGUGAUGUUUCACUUCCCGUGUGGUGGUGUAUGGUGAUUCACCCGGUGUCCAGCAGACUGUGGUCAAAAACCUUACAUGAGGACAUUCCUCCGUCAAAUCAUGAAAAACAUGAACCAUAUGAUGAUCAUCAUAGAUUCAUCGUAUUUCACCUGGGGGUGCAACUUCAGCACAGAUGGCUGUCUGCUGUGGAAUCCACGGCACCGUUAUCAACACGCAGCCCACCAAUCUGUUGUUGUUAUUGAAGAUGUUCUUGUUGUUGUUGCUGGUUUCUUUUGUAAAAAAAAUUUUUUUUAGAUUUUCGUUCCAAUGCUUUUAUAUGAUCACACCUUUAGAAAGUUUUAUAUUGUGUUUAUAAAGCGUUGAUUUCUCAGAUUGCUGAGCAAAAAACAAUGUAUUGUAUAUUACAAUGAAGGUCUUAUUGUGUUUUUUACAAUGUGUAUCUUAUCUGAUGGUUUUUUUUAUUAAAACAAGAAACAAAACUUA